AUGGCGGGCACCGGUGACGAUGCACGCCCCGACUACACAACCUGGAGCAAUUCCAGCUUGAUUGACCGGAUAUCCGAGCUCGAGCGGCAACUGCAUUCCCAGACUGCGCAGUACAACGCGCCCACAACAGCGGCCCCGGAAGUUGCAUCCGGCGGCCCCAUCUCUACCGACGUAUACGAACCUGCGAUUCCACUGGCCGAGUCUGCGACCCAGCUCCCGAAGAAGCGUGCGCGUUCGCCGGAAGUCGAUAUCACCCAUACCCCCGCCCCUUCGCGAGCUCCUAAACAAGAGCGUGGUUUCGAUCCGUCCAAAUACUCGACGCGAUACAUUGCGCUAAAGUUCGCCUACCUGGGUCAACGGUACAAUGGUCUCGAGCAUACAAAUGGGAAUGCCACUCCCCUCCCGACCAUUGAGGAGGUGUUGUGGAAGGCGAUGCGCCGAACACGGCUGAUCACACCCGAGACAUCAACGGACGAUGAACCAAAUGAUGUUGAACCGAGAGUAUCACGGCCCUAUUCUAUCCACUGGGAUGGAUGUGAUUACUCGAAGGCAGGAAGAACAGACCGUGGUGUGAGUGCAUUUGGACAGGUUAUCGGUGUAAGAGUCCGCAGCGCGCGGCCUAAGCCUAAACCCAAGUCCGCUACGGAGCAAGAAGGGGGCGAUGCGAUGCAGAUCGAGGAGUCUGUGAGCCCGGACUGGGAUGAUGUGGCUGAUGAACUGAACUACAUACAACUCCUGAACAGGGUUCUGCCUGAAGAUAUCCGUGUUCUGGCCUGGUGUCCCCACCCUCCGCCUGGGUUUGAUGCCCGCUUCUCCUGCCGUGAACGCCGAUACCGAUACUUCUUCACCCAGCCUGCAUUCUCUCCUACCCCUGGCUCAUUCGGCUUCGACGACCGCACAGGAAAAGCCAAUGGCCCGCGUACAAAGUACCGCGAAGGCUGGCUGGAUAUCGAAGCGAUGCGCGAAGCCGCCAAGCAUUUUGAGGGAGUUCACGAUUUCCGGAACUUCUGUAAGCUGGACACCAGCAAGCAGAUUGAGAACUUCGAGCGCAUCAUCUAUCACUCCGAUAUUGAGUUUGUAAACCCGAAGUCUAACCCAUUGGGUUAUAUCGGUCGACCUGGAUUCCAGGUGACAGAGGACCAUGUCUCUGAUGUAGACAUGGAGCCUUCCGAAAACCCCUCUGUGUCCACUCCUCAAGUUUAUUCAUUCACACUGCAUGGUUCCGCCUUCCUGUGGCACCAGGUCCGUCAUAUGGUAGCAGUUCUAUUCUUGGUCGGACAAGGGCUUGAAUCUCCGUCCAUUGUCGCCGAGCUACUGGAUAUUGCCAAAAACCCACGGAAGCCGACAUACGAGAUGGCAUCUGAUGCUCCUCUGGUUCUGUGGGACUGUAUCUUCCCUGACGAGAGCUCUGGUAGCCGGGAAGAUUCUCUGGAUUGGGUCUAUGCCGGUGACCCGCGCCUGAACAAGACCCAAAGUGCUAAAGGAGAUAGCAAGUUUGGCAUGAAAGGCGUGGUUGAUGGGUUGUGGUCUGUUUGGAGACAGCGCAAGAUCGAUGAGAUCCUGGCCGGUGCACUACUGGAUUUGACAGUCAGCCAGGGCAAUCAAAGCCAGGUGCAGAACCUUGAAGGAAAACAGGGCAGUGGCAAAAAGCAGAGUAGAGGUGUCAAGGUCUGGUAUGGAGCGAAUGAGGCUCGCCUCGGCGGGAAGUAUGUCCCUAUUUCGCAAAAGGUCAAAACGGACCCUGUGGAGGUCCAGAACGCCAGAUGGCUGGUCUCCAAAGAGCGCAAAAUAGCUGCAAAGGAGCAAGAGGCUGCAUCGAAGAACGAGAGUGUUUGA